AUGGGAAAACUACAAAAAAAACUGGAUGAGUCUAUUAAAGAAAAGGAUCGAUUACAGCAGCUUUGGCUUGAAUCUCAAAAAGAUGCCUUGAAAGCCAAAGAGCAAGUCACGAAAUUGCAAAACGAAAACUCUUUUCUCCAGACGAAAUUAAGAAUCGAUCAUACUGUUAAAACAAAAACCAACGCCGAACUUGAUGAAAGCAAAGCAAAAACAUUGGAGCAUAACAUGGAAGCAAUGAAACUAUACAAUGAGCUGCGUCGAAUUCAGCCUGUUAUGGAAGAUCUUCAAAAGAAAAACAAAGCUAUGGAAAAGCAGCUCCGAGAAGCGCAAUUGAAGCUUGAAGAAGCAGAUAUCAACAGCACUACAUCAAAGCAAAUGCUACAGGCAGAGAUUCGCCGACUGUACCAAGAUCGGCAGGGGCUUAAAAAAGCCAACGCCGAAAGCGCGCAGGUGUCGAUGAAUAUUGAGCGUAAAACGGAGUUAUUUCAAGAAAUAGUGGAUAAACUUAAAUCCGAGAGGUAUGAGUUACAGAGGGCAAACUACACUUUGAAUAGAAAAGCAGCGGAAAUGGAGCGCAAAUACUUUGAUGCCAAGUUGCAGACACGACGGGCUAAUGAAAAGCAGCAAGUUCAUCAGCAAACUAUUAGGCGGCAAUCUUUAUCAAAGCAGUCUGUGAAUUCUCACAUCACAAACUCUGCACCUUGGGAGAGUAUCAUGUCGUUGUCGCAAGCCUCGCUACCUAGUGUUUUGUCUCCACCUGGAACGAUAACUGAUGAAUGCACGUAUAUAUUUCAUACGGAUGGCUUAUCAAAAGCAAUGCCAGACACGCAAGGAUCAAUUCGCGAAAUCACCAAAGUACCAGAUUUUGAAGCAUGGAGACUAAGAAUUGAUAGUUUAGAAAAAGAAAAGCAGCAUCUUUUGAAUGAAAACAAAAGGAUUCAAGAUCAAAUCAAUGAUCAAGCAAACCGUAUUGCAAAAUCAGAAAGCCGGCUUCUUGCAGAAGAAACGAGACAAAAGAUGGAUGAUGCUCAUCAUCGCGAGCUUGAAAAAAACAUUGACAAUCUCAACAAAAGAUGCCAGCGUGCUGAAAAGAUAGCAGCACAUAUGGAACAACAAAUCAAAGAAGCAAAACCAAAUCUCAAGAUCGAUUAUCAGAUGCUUGGAGAAUGUGAGCCUUCAACACAAUUGCUUGCAGCAUUGUUAACUUGGGAUUCCACACCUCGAGCAGUAAAAUCUUGA